AUGGUCGGCUUUAGACCUGGGCUAUCCACUCAAGACUCCAUGAAGCUCCUCAAGCAUGAGAUCAUUCACGCAGAGACAAGAGACGCGAGAGUAAUCCUAGGGCUAGACCUCAAAAAGGCAUUCCAUAAUUUAUCACAUGACUACAUACUCGACACGAUCUCCAACCACGACCUCGGCACGAGACUCUACGCUAAUACAAAAUUGUUCCUGAACGACAGAACGGCCACCCUCCGUCUAGGGGAAAUCAUGGCCCAGAAAUACAAAAUCGGCUGCAAAGGCACCCCGCAAUGUCCUGUAAUCUCUCCGAGGCUUUUUAGCCUUGCACUUGCCGGCUUAGGCAAGAAACUGGAUCAUAUCGAGAACGUCGAAUACACGAUAUACGCAGAUGACGUAACGCUCUGGGGACCCGGAGGUAGCCUGGGAUCAUUUGAAAACGCUCUGCAGCAAGUGAUCGACGCGAUCGAAGAAUACUUCGCUCCCACCGGCCCACGAUGUUCGCCUGUGAAGUCGGAGCUCCUCGUCUACAAACCAUCGAGAAGCGGUCCCAAGCCAAAGAACGAAAUCAGACACACACUCCAUUACUCUCAGAACAAAAGACGGAGGAACCAUUCCACACGUCAGCAAACCAGAGUCCUUGGGAUGCUCAUUGAGAGCAACGGCAAAAAGGCUGCGACAGUGGAGAAGAUCGUGAUAACAUCGAAUAAUGGCUUGAAUCUCAUACGAUGCAUAGGAAACAGACAACAUGGCCUUAAUGAAGAAAAUCUCCUCAAGCUAACACACACUUUUGCGCUAUGCCACUUCACCGACGAGGCGGUCAUGCACAGAUUGCAAGUAGCAGAAAAGGACAAACUCAAUGUACAACAGAAAAAUCUAGUCAAACUUGCGCUGGUAAUCCCCAAGAACACCGAGACAGAGCUCCUGCUGCAACUGGCGGUACACAAUACACUUGAAGAAAUCGCCGAAGCUUAA